AUGACUGAAACUGAACCAAAGAAGAAUUUUCGCUCGUUCAUCUGGGACACGGAUACCCAUCUCAAGUCCAAGGAGGAACGCAAACUUCUUCGAAAGCUUGACUUCUCCAUCCUUACAAUAGGAUGUCUUGGAUUCUUUUUAAAAUAUCUUGACCAAGGAAACCUUGCAAAUGCAUAUGUCAGUGGCAUGCAAGAAGAUCUCAAAAUGUAUGGAAAUCAAUACACCUACGCGGGCACCGCAUACACUGUUGCAUAUGCUGUCAUGCAAGUCCCAUCAACCAUGAUCAUUCAGACGAUUCGUCCGAGUUAUUGGCUCGCCUUGAUGGAGAUAGGCUGGGGAACAUUCACAUUUGCUCAGGCUGGAAUGCAUAAUAUUGCUCAACUCUACGCUUUUCGAUUCCUGGUUGGGUUCUUUGAAAGCUCGUUCUUCCCCUGUCUGCUCUUCAUUUUGGGAUCUUGGUAUACGAAGACAGAACUUGCAAAACGUGUUGCGAUCUUUCAUAUGACAGCCCCGUUGGGGACAGCCUUUAGCGGAUACCUACAAGCUGCAGUAUAUAAAUCCUUGAACGGACAUCUAGGCCUCGCAGGAUGGCGAUGGCUAUACAUCUGUAUGACAGUACCUGUGGGCUUUGCGACAUUCUUCUUCCUUCCUGAUACUCCAUACACUACACGAGCUUGGUACCUCACCAAAGAAGAAUGCAGCCUUGCUAUCGAUCGGGUGCAGCGAGCAGGAAAGGCCCCUCCUGUCAAGCUCACACUUUCGACUUUUACUCGGAUCUUCUCUCGAUGGAGGUGGUAUGCUUUCACUUUGGGAUAUGUUCUCUAUGGUACUAGUUGUCAAGCAAGUGGCUACUUCGCCAUUUGGCUAAAAUCUGAGCACUUCUCUGUCGUUGCGAGAAACGUCAUUCCCACCGGAACGAAUUUGAUCUCUGCAUUUUGCAUUGUCUUGUGGGGAUUUGGCUCAGACUACACUGGCAGUAGAAUUGCAUUCAUACUUGGACCUUUGACUUACGGUCUUAUACCUAAUGGUAUCCUCGCUGUGUGGCCUCGAAGUAUUCGAUUGAAGGAGUUUGCUUUUUUGACGGAUGGGGUGCAGCUUAUGACGGCAAUCUUCUACACUUGGGCAAACGAAGUAUGUGCUGGUGAUAAUGAAGAGCGAGCUCUGGUCAUCAGUAGCAUGAAUGGGAUGCAAUAUGCAGUCGCGGCUUGGCUUCCCAUUGUCAUCUUCCCACAAACCGAGGCACCGACGUUCCGUCGUGGAUUCCCAGCCACUUUCGGAUUCGUAAUUGCUGCAUUGAUAGUCAUUGUUAUUAUUCAACUUCUCGCUUUGCGAGAACGUCGUCAAAAAACGAGGGAUGCUGAAGUGACAAGUGGUGACAAUGUAGACUUGGAGGUUAUCGAGUAUCAGUCUGAUAAGAAAGAUCCCCAUAUCGGCGCCAAAGAGAGCGAAGGGGAAGAGAUUCGGGAAGAGAUUCGGGAAAAGAAUAGUCUUUAA